AUGGCGGACCGGGUUCCCGCUGAAGCCGUCUCCGAUCCUUCGAAUGGGUCGUCGGCGCCGUCGCCACGAAGCAGUCUUGACUCGCGGUCUCCCCCGUUUCGUAGCCCAUCCUUGCGACUGUCCAAUCACCAGAAUCGCACCAGUCAAAACUAUAGCGAAUCGCUGCGCGGGGCGCCGCCGGGGUCGCCGCGUGCGCGCCGCCAGCCGUCCCUCACGCAGUCGGCCAUCCAGAGCCUGAUCGAUAACCCACCGGCGCCGACGACCGCGGAUCCGGCCUUUGUGGGGCGUGACUGGCGGGAGAUCUCGGUGGGGGAGCUGGUAUCUCGGGACGAGCUGAGAUUCGUGGAGCUUGACACGGGUAUCGAGGAGGCGACCAAUAUUUUGAUCGAGUCUAACGUGCCGGUCCUGUUAAUUCGCGAGUCUCGAGACCAGAACAGCGCCAUCGGUACGUUCGAUUUUGCCGAUCUGAACGCUUAUUUGCUGCUGGCGACUGGCUUCACGCAGCCAGAGGAAGAGGACAUACCGGCGUAUGAGGAACUGGCGCGCAAGGCCCGACUGGGUCUUACGAUUCCACUGAAGGAUGUUAAGGACCUGGGACGCAAGGAGCCUAUGACGACGCUGCCAGCGUCCGCUAGCGCCAUGACGGCGAUCGAGACGUUCGGGGGCGGCGUGCACCGCGUGGUGGUGGUCGAUCCGGAGCGCGGGGGCGCCGUGCGCGGUCUGUUCAGUCAGUUUCGGCUGGUGAAGUUCUUGUGGGAGAACGCGCGCACGUUCCCGGUGAUUGAGCAGCUGCAUACGCAGGCAUUGCAAGAUCUGCGGAUCGGGUCUCGGGAUGUGGUGUCUAUCAACGGUGAUAAACCACUAUACGAAGCCCUGCAGCUUAUGUACCACGACGGGCUGUCGUCUCUGGCCGUGGUGGACAAUCAUUUCAACGUGAUGGGCAAUAUCUCGACGACAGAUGUCAAGCUCCUUACUCGGUCAUCGUCGCUCCCCCUGUUACGGAACACGUGCACACACUUUAUCUCUGUGAUUCUGUCCACGCGCGGUUUGAUCGAUGGGCAGGACUCAUUCCCGGUGUUCCACGUACACCCUGGAUCGACGCUGGCGCAUACGGUGGCCAAGGUGGUGGCCACCAAGUCACACCGGCUCUGGGUAACCGACCCCCUGUCCCCUUCAUCAUCCGGUCCCCCGACCCCUUCCAUGUCAAGCGUGCACAUCCCGCUCGCGACCAACUCCUCCGGCUCCAACUCAGCCCAGUCACCGCCAGCAUCGCCCCUCCCAGGAGCCUCCACCGUCCAACCCCCCAGCCAUACUGCACCCCACCAUCCGAGCCCACCCCAAGGCUUCCUAGGCUCCAGCUUCCUGUCGAGCUCCGGCGCAGGCGUGGCCCACGCAGUGGUACCGUCCGCCCCGGCUUCUGUCCUCCCUGGAGAUCGACUAUCCGGCAGUCUCGUGGGCGUAGUCAGUCUGACGGAUGUUCUUCACCUGUACGCGCGGGCAAGCGGGCUGAGCCCGCUGAACCCGGCGGAAAGUCGGAGCCGACGCCGACGCAGUAGCAGCUCCAGCGUAAGCGUUCGACGUAGCGGGGAGAUCGGACGGGAGUUGUUUGGUCGUUAG